AUGCAGUUCUCAAUAUGCUCGCUGCCGACGCAGCUUGUGCUGCUGCUCGGCGCGGCCCAGACGACAUGGGCCGCCACCUCGAGCGCCGGCAAGAUGGCGGCAUGGUUCACUACGAUCGGCCCCCAGAUCUUGGUCCAGAAUCUCACGACCGGUGGGAUAAUGUAUAGCUCGUGCAACAGCUAUACCACGCCGAUAUUUCCAAACGACCCGCCGAAUCUGCUGUCGCUCACAUAUCAGCCGCGGAACGGGACGGCAGUGGCUGGUACGGGCUGGUGGGAUAACACUAAGACUACGACAUCCAUGUUCUACCAAGCGCAGAAUGGCGACCUCAUCAACUCACUAUUCUACUGUGACAUGGACACGGGCAAGUUCGAGAACCAGGGCAGCUGGGUGAUUUCGGACGGCGUACCCCAGGUGGACGACCAGCAAUCGAUCAGCAACGAGACGGGGCUGGCGUCUCUCGUGCUAGGCGACACGGAAGGGUAUCGUGUAUACUAUCAUGACGCGAACAUGCACAUUCAUGAGAUUUCUUACACCACAGAGACCAAUUGGCAUUACUCUGGGGGUGUUUCUCAAGCUCCGGCAUUCAGCCGGGCUAUUCAUGCUCAGUUCACAGGCAGCGGCAACAUCUCGGUCGCCUCGCCGAAGGAUGCCCAGAAUAUCGAGGUCUCACGUCUCAACUCGGAUAAGACGUGGCAUCUAUCUUUAGCAACCUUUCCCCGUCCCCUAACAAGCUCCCUCGUCACCAACAAGACUAACUCAACAUCCAUCACGCUCGACACGGACGCCAACGUGAACUUCACGCUGCCCGCGUGGGACGGCACCGCAGGCUCCCUCGGCGUGGCCAUCGACCAUGCCUUCACGCGCUCCGUAUACUACAUCGGCACCGACCGCGCGCUGUACCAGGCCUCCAACGUCAACUUCGUGUGGCGCCUCAUGGCCAACCAGAGCCGCGCGCAGUGGCCGCUCGCGGACGUACCCAACGCCGACUUCGCCCUCGCCAGCGACUACGCCAGCAGCGAGGUCCGCGUCUACUACUACGUCAGCGACCGCAUCACCGAGGUCAACUUCGACGGCGACGGCUCCUGGAAGACGGCCGCCGCGCUGGCCGUCAAGAACACCACCGCCAAGCCGACCACCAGCCCCACGGCCAGCCCCUCCUCGUCCGCGGGCGCCAGCAGCGGGCUGUCGACGGGCGCGAAAGCCGGCAUCGGCGUCGGCGUCUCGCUCGGCGUCAUCGCCAUCGCCGGCCUCCUGGGCGUGUGGCUCUGCCUGCGGCGCAGGAUGCGCCACGCCCACCCGCAGGCGACGAUGAGCCCGCACGCGCCGGGCGCGCUGGCCGCAGCAGGAGCGGGAGGUGCAGGCGGGCAGUACCAGGACUACGCGUCGACGCCGUACGGCAGCCCGCCGCAGCAGUCCGUGUCGCCGUCCCAGUACACCGACUACACGAACAGCGCAUACGGGCAGCCGCAGAUGCAGCAGCAAUGGACGGGCGACAACAAGCAGGGGUACCCAGCGGGCUAUCAGUACCCGUACGCGGUGCAGACGCCGCCGCCGCCGCAGGAACUCGAAGGGCCGAGGCCCAUGUACGAGAUGGCGGACCAGCACUACAGCCACGAGCUGGUGGGCGACUCACAACGGACGGAGAUGCCGGCGAACGAGGUGCGGAGGUGA